AGGGGGAAAGACCUCUCUCGUGCUUGGAGACUCAAAUUACAAGGUGACAGAUUGUGUAGGGGAGUCAGUAGAGGCUACAAUUCAUCCCACAGAUCCCUCGCAGCAUCUCAUGUGGACAUACCCCUGGGUAGACAGGCAACAGGAGGUAUGGUGUGGGUGGGGGCUUGUGGUUGGGCCUGCUGCUUUUCCUGAACUCCAGAGCUGAAUCCUCCGGAUCUGAGCAGAGGGAGUCAUCUAAGAGACUGCUGUUUUACAAGGUCUGGGCACAGAGCUGCCCCUCCCUUCCCCCCUGAAGUUUGCACGGAGUGCAGUUAGGCUGUAAUUAGAGGAUCUGGGAGGAGAAGUCUCCUGGUGACGCUUUGCUUUUCUUCUGCUCUUGGUGAGAAGUGCCUCCUUCAUCCUCGGAUCAGGACCUCUGCCAUCUAGCACCACAAAGAGACAUUCUGCACACACGCGCUCCAACACACACACCCAUACCCACACCCACACCACACUCGCCCAGAGACAAACUUAAGGUCAGGAGGAGCAUUAGCCUCACUUCAUCUCCAACUCCCAGCUAAGUGGGACUCGAAGCUUCUCAACUGGGAUUCAGGACAAGCAAAGAAGAGUCUGAGCUACAAGGAUGAGAAGUCUACUUUUCCUGGUGCUGAUCUCAGUCUGUUGGGCUGACCACCUUUCAGACAGCUACACUCCGGAUCAAGACAGAGUUAUUCAUAUCCAAGCAGAAAAUGGCCCCCGUCUACUUGUGGAAGCAGAACAAGCCAAGGUCUUCUCUCACAGAGGUGGCAACGUGACACUGCCAUGUAAAUUUUAUCGAGACCCUACAGCAUUUGGCUCAGGAAUCCACAAAAUCCGCAUCAAGUGGACCAAGCUAACUUCAGAUUACCUCAGGGAAGUGGAUGUCUUCGUUUCCAUGGGCUAUCACAAGAAGACCUAUGGAGGCUAUCAAGGUCGAGUGUUUCUCAAGGGAGGUAGUGAUAAUGAUGCCUCCCUGGUCAUCACAGAUCUCACCCUGGAGGAUUAUGGGAGAUAUAAGUGUGAGGUGAUUGAGGGGCUAGAAGACGAUACUGCUGUGGUGGCAUUGGAGUUACAAGGUGUGGUGUUCCCUUACUUUCCACGACUGGGACGCUACAAUCUUAACUUUCACGAGGCACGCCAGGCUUGUCUGGACCAGGAUGCUGUGAUCGCUUCUUUUGACCAGCUGUACGAUGCCUGGCGGGGUGGGCUCGACUGGUGCAAUGCUGGCUGGCUCAGUGACGGAUCUGUGCAAUAUCCAAUCACCAAACCACGAGAGCCCUGUGGGGGCCAAAACACGGUGCCUGGAGUCAGGAACUACGGGUUUUGGGACAAGGAUAAAAGCAGAUAUGAUGUUUUCUGUUUUACAUCCAACUUCAACGGCCGAUUUUACUACCUGAUCCACCCCACCAAGCUCACCUACGAUGAGGCAGUGCAAGCUUGUCUCAAUGAUGGUGCUCAGAUUGCGAAAGUGGGCCAGAUAUUUGCCGCCUGGAAGCUUCUGGGCUAUGACCGCUGCGAUGCAGGCUGGCUGGCGGACGGCAGUGUCCGCUACCCUAUUUCUAGGCCAAGAAGGCGCUGCAGUCCUACUGAGGCUGCAGUGCGCUUCGUGGGUUUCCCAGAUAAAAAGCAUAAGCUGUACGGGGUCUAUUGCUUCAGAGCAUACAACUGAGUGUGCCCUAGAAAGAGUCAGUUUUCGAGUUACGUGAAAGUUUUGUUUGUUUGUUUUUGUUUUUAAUAUGAACUCAUGCAAGUUACCAAAACUGUGAUAACCCUUUUUCACUUACUGUAAAGAGUCGUUUUCAUAAAGGCCAAUUCAUUCAUUUGUUUUGUAAAGCUAUCAGUCGAUACAUAUUAUAAAAUAAUAUAAGCAUAAAGGAAGCUAAAAAAAAACAAAAAACCGGCUUUGGAACCUAACUGGUUCAUGCUACGUCAUCCUAGCAAGAUGCCAUUUCACGAAUGGGAUAUGUUGUAGGCUGAGAACCACCAGGACUGAAUUAGGAAAAGUAAUGCUACUUGCCGCAGUAACUUCCACAAGCACAAAUUUUACAUAUUUGUACAAUUUUGAAAUGCACUUCGCUAAACAAAUUAGAACAACAAAUUUGAAAUACAGGCUUCUUUACAUAAACCAGGAUUCUGGGAGGUGCGAAAACUCAGUAUCAUAAGGGAACAACGGAGACUUUUUCUAAAAGUUAUACUUCAAGUCUCCAGUAUACAGAAUAGUUUACUCUUUAAAAUUUUACCUUUUUGACCAAAAAAUUCAUAUAGACUCAGAUGCAGAAUAAUAAAACCAGUUAGAACUCAUUUAUACAAAGUAUCAACUUAAGUACACUGAUAAUGCUUUACCAAUGAAAGAGUCCUACCUUCUAAUUAUCAUUACCUAUCUGAGAAGACUUGGUUCAUUAUUUUUGAGUAGCUUUACUUAAUCAUAUUUAAAUUCUAAGAACCUUUGCUAAGCAGUAUUUAGAAUCUACUCAGGGCAGUUAAAACGAUAAACUGCUGGACAGAAAACAUGUAAAAUGUAGCAGCUUGAUUUUUAUGUUAGCUUAUGAAACAUUAUUGUUCUAUAAAAAUAAUUUUAAUCUAUUUAAUAUUUCUUAUUUACAUUACAUGACAAAAACUAUCAAAUGACUCAAUAACUCUACACUUGCCUAACUAAGAAAUAAAGACUCAACUUCCAAAAUUGUUCUUGUUUGUAUCCACAAUACAGUGCCCAAAUAAGACCUGUAUUUAUAGAAGAAAGGGAAAAAUACAUUUCUAAAUAGUCUCUCAAGUAGGAAAUACAGUCACUGUCAGUUUCCUUUCUAGUUGGAAUUUGGUAAAAAUAAAAUACUGGCAUUCUCAUAGCAGACUUUACACCUCCAGGCUUUAAGUGAAAAGUUAAGCCCAGGUUCAGAAAAGUAACUUCCAGUAUUAGCAACUCCAGUCUUAAAUUGAAAUUUCUUUUUAUGACUGCUAAGACCCCCAAAGGGACCAAUAUUUGUAUUCAAGUAAUAUUUCUGGUUUCCCAUUAUUUCACAGUGAAUUCUUGUGAGUGGGCCUUAGUACAAUAAUCCGAGUACAACAUAGCUGGUAUGCUGUCAUCAAUGUUUUUAUGUAGAUUUCCCCUCAUGAACACAACUAAAUAAAUCUGUUUCCUGAAUUGACCGUGGUUGCAUUUAAAGCUCUGUAAUAACUGUAAUAAAAAUGCUCUAUAAAUAUAGAGUUAUGUGUGUGGAAGGUAUAGAACAGUUGGAAGUCCAUGAAACCAUAACUAUCAUGAUAUCUUAUCUAGAUUAAAAUACUGUAAGUAAAAAUAGAACCUUUCUUUCAGAUGCUUAAACCAUGAUAAUGCAUGCAGUCAUAAGUUAGGAUAUGCAAAUUACACAAACAUAUAUAUCCAAAGAAAAUGUGGGUUUUCACUCAAACAGUGCUGAUAUAAAUUGAACUCAGACUUCUAAGCAAAACAUAAAUUAAAGAGACUGAAUGGUCUAUGAUAUAAUGAAUAUAUUACUUAAGGAGGAGACUCCAAACUAGUUCCCCAAACACCUUACAGGCUGGGCUAAGCUCUCUGGAGGAAGAUCAUACUUGAACAAUCAUUAACUAUAUUGCAAGAAUUUUGUCUGCAAUGCAAGUAGAUAAAUUUUAUACUGAAGUAAGUGCAUUCCUUUCAGUGAUUGUCAUAGAACUCCACAUUACCGUGCAGUAGCAUUUCUUAACUUUUGAAUACUUUAGUAUAGGAAACGGUGCUGAUCAAAAUCUCCAAAGUGACUGUUAGCUGAGGUAUAUCUAUACCAAUUGCAUACCAUUUGUCCAUUCUUGACAACAUCCUAGAGUGAACACUGCUGGGCAGAGUUUUUAACUUCUAAUUUCACACAAAGGACCAGAAUCUUCAUGCCCUUUGAGCUCCAAAUUGAAAGGAGUCUUUUAAUGUUCUCAUCUUGCUGUUUUCACUCCACCAAAUAAUCUAUUUUCCUAUUUCAUAUCUCAUUAUAAAUGUCUUCGAAAGUAAAAAGUUGUCCUAGCACAGUUCCUAGCAGAAAGUUGACUUAACACUAUCUAAUUCAGAAAUCAUUUUGUAGACUUCAAGAUUCCCAGAGUAUCAAGGUGAAGAGAAGACAGAUAGACUACAAAAUAAUGAAAACAUUUUCAAGUAUGGCCCACAUAUAAAGAACAGGAUAGAUCUAUAAAUUUUACUGAAACUCCUUGAUUUGAAACCUCUAAGCAAAAUGAACCAAUAAAUUUAAAAAUAUAUGCAGGGAUGAAGAUAAUUUGUCAUAUUAACACUGGAAGCCAUCUUUUAAUGACUGCUGCCAUAUUUUGUCACAGCAACUUUUAGCCAAAUAUAGUAUUUGUAAAUUUAAAUUUUCUUUCAUAUAAAGAGGGCCGGUACCUGUUAAAGUGCUAUUUUAUGCAGUAAGAUGGUCGCUUGUUAUUUUGGCAAUUAGUAGACUCAAAUAAGAUACCAAUUUGGUUGCUGGCAGCCAUACUGGAUUUCUUGAUUUCAGUACUCCUAAAAUAUGCUGGUAUCAGGGAGUAGCUGACCACUAAAAAAGGGAGGAUUAGAAGGGAAUCGGUUGUCAGGUUUGGUUUAGUCUUAGGUUUUUGUUUUGCUUUGUUUUUUGCUUUUUUUUUUUUCAUUUUGUUUGUUUCACUUUGAUUUUGCAUAGAAUGCUUAGAGAAAAGUCAAUUGACAGCUGACAACUUUUUCGAGAAUUUAAGUAUGUCAUUGCUCAAGACUGCCAACACAGUGUACAGCAAAAGCUAUGAAUAAUACAGAAGUCAGUAGGCCACUCAAUUAAAAGAAGGUCAAUAUUUAAAUGCAUUUAAUAGCUACUAAGUACAAGUUUGAGGAGAACUAAUGUGUAUUACAAAAAGAAUGUUUUCAUUUUCUGUAAGAUACAAUGAACUGAUGAACAAAUAUUAAAAGUCAAUUUUGCUUUACUACAGUAUCAUUCAAUUCUUCUGACUUGUAGAAUCAGUCAUUUUUCCUUGGGUCAAACUUGAUAAAUACAUCAUGCAUUCUUCUGUUGCUAGUGCAAUGCUUUGAAUGAGAACACACCCAAAUGAGUUAGAGUUUUGACAUUCAAACAAGAAAUUAUACUUCAGAACAUUCCCAUAAUUAUUUGGAAUAAAUUAAACAUUAUUAAAGAAAAAUUCCAAUAGUGAAAUCAAUUAAAUUUUCUUUUAGUGUGUAAACUCUUUCAAAAUGAGGGAUAUCAUAUUCAUUUUGUCAUCAUUUUUUAUAUAUUUUUAUUCUUGUCAUACAAAGUCUAUGAGGCAGGGUGAAAGAUUCUAUGGAGGUUCUUAGUCCCCAAAUAAAAGUAAUGAAACCA